AAUGCAUAUUCCCAUCUGCAUGCAAGGUUUUCAGGCUGACAUUAGCCGGACACAGUUUGUGUUCAGGAGCUUGUGUUUUGGCUGGGAUUUGUCUUUUCUCUCUCUAGUGGUUCGAUAUCAGCACAAAAAUGGGUUACAGGACUGUGGUAAUGUACAUGGAGAUUGGCUGCUUUGUCACCUGUGUGACUGGAUGGAUCCUAGUCUGUUCCACAAUGCCAACAGAAAUUUGGACUUGGUCUGAAGUGGACAGCAUAGUGCUAACCACUUCAAACUACUUCUCCAACUUGUGGAAAGAUUGUAUAUCUGAUUCGACUGGAGUUUCUGACUGCAAGGGAAUCCCAUCGAUGCUUGCACUGAACUGGGACAUUCACAUGUGCCGAGCUCUCAUCAUCAUCGCUAUCAUUUUGUCUUUCUUUGGAUCCGUUCUGGUCUUAGUGGGAAUGAAGUGCACUAAGAUUGGGGGAUCUGAGAUAUCGAAUGCAAGAGUAACCUUUGCUGGGGGGAUGAACUACUUUAUCGGAGGGAUGUGUUCAAUGAUUGCUUUCUCCUAUUAUGGAAACAAAAUUAGAUCAGAGUUUGAUGACCCUCAUUACAAAGCUCAGAAGUUUGAAAUAGGUGUUGGUGUCUUUGUCGGCUGGGGCGGCUCCACCUUACUUGUUGUUGGAGGCCUCAUUUACAGUAUAUUUGCAGGAAGGGAAGGAUGCCAUUCAAGCUCAAAGCGCUACCCCGCAUACCAGUACCCUGAUGCCUACACAGUUGUCCCGACUAGAAAGGGCCCAGCGUCUUUGGCUGGUACCAAGAGGAGUGAGAGCAGAAAAUCCAGGAACACCAGUCGAAGUGGAGACAGCAGCAUCUCUGGGGUCACCAGUAUCACCAGGACGACAGCCAGUAAUUCAUCUGGGGUCACCAGUAUCACCAAGACGACAGAUAGUAAUGAAUACGUGUGACUUAUUUGAGACCCUGAGCGAUUAAUGCAAAUUUGAAUGUUCAAAAAUUUCCAACUGUAAUAUAAAAAUAUCUGUUGCAUACAAGGUUUGUUUUCUCCUAUGUGUGUGCAAGUUUUCUUUUCAGGUACACAGGAGCUCAGUUUGAUGCAUAAUUCACAGUAAGUCAUCGAACCAAGAAAACAUUACCAUUUUUACAAUUUUAUGUAUGUGAUGUUCUUGACCUCUGAACUGAGUAAAACAUUACUGUACAUUUUAACUGUGUUAAAGAAACAGAAACUAUCUAUGAACACAAAAUGGAUCCAUGCUUUCAUUAGACAUUGCUUAAUAUUGUAAGAUGUUUUUAAAAUUUGCAAUAAUAUGAAAUUGAUUACUGAUACAUACAGUAACAGAAAGUAAUUUGAGAUGAGCAUGAGUAUACGCCUUAAGUAUGCCCUUAAUUGUUUUAUAUUCUCUUUUAUCUUAUUUUAUUUUAUCAUAUUGUAUUAUAUUUUUGUGUUUCUCUCUGUUUUUUGUUGUUGUACAGCAAUUUUGUCAACUCUGGUUUUGAGAGUUUUAUAAAUAAACUUGACUUGACUCGGGCUGCACGGGGAUGUAAUGGUUAGCACUGUCGCCUCGAAGCAAGAAGGUUUUGGGUUCUUUCCGUUAAAAAAAACAGGUUGCUAUGCUGAUUUAGUCCCAGUCCCAUCAAUCAAUAUUUACUUGGAAAGCCCCCAAAUUAAGCUAUUUUAACUCAAUAACAUUAGGCCACAUUAUUGUGGCACAUGAUUAAAGCCUUAAAUAGAAACAUAGAAGGUGACAGAAAUAAUUUAAAUUAAUUAUAACUGAAUAAUCCUGUUUACAACAAAAUACUGUUUUUUACCUUAUUACACCAGUGGGGGUACCAAAUCUAUGCAAAGACUUUUUCUGCAAUAAUCACUUUAAUUAACAGUAAGUCAUUGGUAUUUGCUUUCAAUCAUUAGUCCAACUU